ACAUUAAAAAUUCAGUACACCGCUGACUGUGUUAGAGUAAAGACGUGUUAAAAUGGCUAACGUACCUCUCGUCGUGUUGAACAAUGGACAUACCUGCCCCAUCAUCGGCUUGGGGACAUGGAAGUCAAAGCCAGGUGAAGUCACACAGGCUGUAAAGGAUGCCAUAGACAUCGGGUAUAGACACAUAGACUGCGCUCAUAUCUAUGGUAAUGAAAAAGAAGUGGGGGAGGCGCUAAAAGUAAAGAUGGAAGAAGGAAAGAUUAAAAGAGAAGACAUCUUCAUCACAUCAAAACUCUGGUGCACGUACCAUCGCCCGGACCUCGUGGAAGGAGCAAUAAAGACCACACUCGCUAACCUCGGGUUGGACUAUUUGGACUUAUACCUCAUGCAUUGGCCACAGGCUUUCAAAGAAGGCGGCGAAGAAUUCCCCCUAGAUGAAAACAACAAAGUGAUCCCGUCUCCCGUUGACUUUAUAGACACUUACAAAGCUAUGGAGAGUCUUGUAGACAAAGGUCUAACAAGAAGCAUUGGGAUCUCUAACUUCAAUAAGAAGCAGAUAGAUAGAGUGAUGGAAGCUGCGAGAAUCAAGCCCGCUGUUAAUCAGAUCGAAGUGCAUCCCUAUCUAAACCAAACCAAACUAUUCGAGCACUGCAAGUCCCACGGUAUUGCUGUAACAGCGUAUUCGCCACUAGGGUCCCCAGACAGGCCCUGGGCGAAGCCCGGGGACCCUACGCUCAUGGAGGACCAGCGGCUGAAGACAAUUGCUGAAAGAUAUAGUAAGACUGUGCCGCAGAUACUGAUCAGAUACGCCAUAGACAGAUCAAUGAUUGUCAUUCCCAAGUCGGUCACCAAGAGUCGCAUAGAGCAGAACUUCGACGUUUUCAACUUCCAGCUGUCGCCUGAAGACCUGGAGCUUAUUGGCAGUUUGGAAUGCAAUGGCCGACUGUGUAUGAUGGGAGAUGACCACCACCCGGAUUACCCAUUCCACGAUGAAUAUUAAUUCAACAUCAUUGAAGAUAUUUUCUAAAAUUAGUGCAAUUAAUUUCAGCCGUUUUAUUUAAGUAAUACAAUUAACAGUUAAAUAUAAUUAUUUCUAGACUACUUACGUAUCUGUAAUAAAAAUAUUUUGUUUACAAAUCCUAGAUUCAAAUGCCAUAUUAAUAAGCAUUUAUGUAGAAAAAAUAAAACUUGUACAAUGUACAUGCAGCUUAAUUCAAUCAAAAUGUCUAUGGAAUGUCUUUGGUUGUAAUUUUUGCACCAAAAUUGUGUUUUUGAAAAAUUCUUGUUUAUGCACUGUUACUCGCAAUAAGCACAAUGUCUUGAAUAAACCAUAAACAAUA